UUGAGGCUCCUCUUUUCGAGUUGGCUCGUCUCCGUCGAGCUCUCUCUUGCCCUGUUCACCCUUCUCUCCGCCGCCGACAGCGCGCAGGUGUCAGCGUCUGUUCGACGGUCUGCCGCGGCGGCGAAAGGGAGACAGGGGGGUGAAGGAGGUCGCAGCUGUUGAGAGAUAAAGUUUAGAAAAGCCUAGUCCCUGGACGCUCGACUUCUCGGCGCCGCUCUCCAGUGUCCCCCUGUGCAGUUUUCAAGAGGUUCCGCUCGCGCUUCUUACGCUUCUUAACUGCCAAGUCGAGGCGGACGACAGGGACGAGACACCCCGAGAGUGACGCAGAUGCGGUGUGCAGUGGCUCUGUCCAGCUUCUUUCGCGUCUUUUUUUGAGGCGGAUCCUUGUCGAGGGCGCCUCGAAGAAGAGUGUGAAUCUCGAACGGAGAAAGGGGUGUCCGGCUGCGGGUGAGAACUCCGGCGCCCGCCCCAAGAAACAAAGGGACAAGGGCGCGCAGGAAAAAAUCUGUUUUAAGUCACCGGAUGUCUUGACCGGCGCCGAGUCGCACUUCCGUCUUCGUGUUCCUCUUGUUGGGGAGAAACGUCGAAGCGGGACCUACGCGACUUCGAAGGAGGCGACAUGCUUGGAUGGAAAGUAGGAAAGCGAACGAAAUCCAAGUUUGCUGUGUUUGGCACUCGCCGUGCGUCGACCCCUCAGUCAAUUUCGCGGCCAUCCCUGCGGAGGCAAGUCGAAGUAUGAUUCUCUCCUUGUGUCUGCUCUUCGAUUCCGCGCGGCAUGCAGUUCGUCCCUGCGAUCUUCUUCCUUUUUCGCUCCUCCCUGCUGUCCGCCUCUCUCCUCUCCGCUUGCCCGGUGCGAUCUCUCAACGGGACCCCCCGGCCGUACACCUCGUUCCCCGAGCCAGCCUCUGCCUUACUGGCGCCGCAUGUCUGGGGGCGCUCUUUGGAGUGAAUUUCCACUUGCAACGCAUGCUUGUUGCUCUCUGGCGGCUGGACUGUAUGCACAAGCGUAACGCGUCUCCUCCGGAGACUUAAAAAAACCGAAACGACGAAGGAGAGCUGGGAGCGACGCAGGCGCACCGAGCCAAGAAGAGCGAGGCACUGGCUGUCCACCGUCGUGUAGUUUCCUCUCUCUCUCGUCUUCCGCACUGCCUCGGCUCCGUACGUCCAGCGGAGUCGCUCCAAAAACGUCGGCAGGAUGCUCAGGCGCUACAUGGCCGGGAGACGCCAAGCGCAGAUGGAGAGAGACGACGGCAACGAAGCAGAAGGACGACAUACUCCGGGGUCGGUAGUGGACGCUUUCUGCGUCCAGCUGGCCAAGAGCAAGCCGCAGCGGUUCCGCAGUCGCGUUCGGCCGCUCGAGGGUCUGUGCCGUCUCCGUCUCAAAGAUCGAGAGGAGAGGAGUCCAUGCAUGGAAGAGAAGGAGCCGUCUGAAGUUGCAGCGCGCUGGAGAACACAGCAGCAGCAGAGACGUCGCAGGAAGGAAGGCCGCGAAGCGACCUAGCAAGACUUGUGCUGACCCGCAGCGGGAACCAAGACGCGAGGUGAAGAUGGGAGAGAAGCUACCGCAGUCUGGGUGGAUACGAGAGGUGACUGAGCACCUUCUCUUGAUCGAAACGCGAAACAGACUUCUCUUCGAGGCAACGCAAGCUCUCUCGUCGGACGAGGAACAAGAAGAAUGCGGCUGGCGAAAAGAGAGCGGCGAUAGAGGAGAAGGGGAGAACGCGGCGAACGAAGCUGCGGCAGGCAUGCGAAGGGAAAACGGAGAGAGAGACGGAGUCCAGAGCCACAGAGUGGAGGGGGGAAACGGAAGCAAAGACGCGGUCGACAGGAAGAAGGCCGACUCGGAAACUGGAUUGCCGACGACAGCGCAGAUCGCAGAAAGAGGUUCUUUCCGAUCCAGGCGACAGGCGGAGGUUUCUCUCAGCUCGUCUCUCAUGCAGCAACCAAACCGCAACUCUUCAGCCUCUCCGAACGGCUUCCACCCCCCGCGUUCCUCAACUUCUUCCUCGGCCUGCGUAGCACCCUCCCAUCCGUUUUCGUCGUCGCCGUGUGACUUCUGGUCGCGAUCAAACUGCCAUGAUCUGCAGAUGGCGCAUCUGUCUGCGGAUUUAAGAGACAUGGACUUCUUCCCCUGCAGGUUGUUAGCUGUGAAGAAGCAUGCGACUCGGACAGAUGUUCUUCUCCUGCUGCUCACUGACGGCGUCUCAACUGUUCUUGCGGCUCUGAAACCCCCGUCUCCAAGUCCGGCUGUCCUUUCUUCCUCGUUCUCUCCACCUCGGCCGGCGUCUUCAGUGCCUGCCGCUUCGUCGUCUGUACACCUACCUUAUGCUUCUUCCUUCCCCCGUCCUCAAGGUUCCGGCAGUUCUCUCUCUUCUUCUCUUUCUUCUGGUCCUGCUGCUUGCAAGGCAAGAAACCGAGCGAGCCGGCGCAGCGUUGGACGGCGUCGCCACAGGGCUGCUUCCCGCUCGACUCUCUGCCCGGGUGUUGCGCCGACAGUCGGAGAAAGGAAAAGUGGAGACAAACCGAGUGAAGAGAGGAAGAGCGGAGGAGACAGCAGGAACAGGGGCACAGAAGAGGGAGAACGAAGGCGAGGAAGAGAAGCUGCAGAUGGAGGAACGCUAGUGACGGCUGACAAGGGAGACAAAGAAGCUGAGGGAAGAGCGAGAACGGCAGGAGAGAGACAGAGAGAAGCAUUGUUCACACGACCACAGACAGUCGCCGGUUCUGAGGACGGUGGUGGGCGCUACAUGAAAGCUCACAACCUGCAGAAGGUCGCAGGAGAAGGGAGACAGGACGCGAGGCAGGUGGAGGCGGAGACUCUGUGGUGCCAGUUAAUUGAGAAACACUGGGCCAGCACAGGGGCGCCCUGGGAUCGCUGCACAUCUGGGGAUGUUGACGCUUUACUGGUGAUGAUGCGAAACAUACAAAGCACUUACGUCGAAGUUCGACCCGUUCCUCGACUCGCCUUCUGGCUGGCGUCUUCGCUUCCCUGCCUUCUCCUUUCGGCAAUUUAUCCUCUCGUCUCCGUUCCGCAUACUUCUGGAAGCCUCUCGGCUCGACCGACGUCCUGCGUCUCUCCUUGGUCGUCUCCGUGUUCCUUCCUGUCGGAUCUCUUCCCUCGUCGGCCUCCCCGCGCGUCUCCUGCUCCUUCCGCGGGCGCCUGUCUGUCUCUCUUCGAUGGUCGCAUCGCGACGAGAGCUCAUUUCUCGCGUCCGCGAUCGGACCUUCCUCCCCCGCAGGAGAAACCUGCUUUUUUGCAUCGUCCUCGGGGUGUGUCUGCCUCGCCUGUUCACGCAACGCAGACAAACGGCAAGUCUUCUCCUUCGCUCUCGUCUUCUAGUCUCUCGGCUGGCGAGCUCCCAGCUUCUCGGCCUGCUUCUCGCGCCUCUGCGGCAGAAGGCUCUUCCGCCUGCUCUUCGCCGUCGGGGAGAAAUGGAGUGGCGAUGUCAACUCGGCCUCCAGACGCAUGCACCGAGGAAAGGAAGAGAGCAGAAGAGCGAAACGGAGAACGAGAAGAAAAGAGAGAAGGAAAGGCAGAGAAAGAAGAAGAAGAGAGAGCAGAAGAAGGAGAAGGGAGGGAAGGAGAAGAAGAGAGAGAAAAAGGAGCAGAAGCGAGAGCUCUUCGUUGCAUCGCGGAGGAGACGCGGUGCACAGAGGACAACAUGGCUUGCGCAGCGGCGCAGAGGAUCGAGCGAGGGGAGGCCAGAGGCAGUGCGUCGUUGCCCGGGGGAAAAACAGACGAGGACGGUGGCCCUCGAGGCGCGAACAGGGGCGAUGGCGCAGGAGAGGGAAAUUUACCUUGGAGAGAGAAGACGAGAGAGAGAAGAGAGGCGACGGCGCGUGUCUGUACACCAGAAGUCGUGGACCUGUGCGACGACGAAACAGGAGAAAGACUGCAGAGGGAAGGAAGAGCGACAGGAGCAAAGCGUCGGAGAUCUGGGCCGAGAGAAAACAGUGUCGAGGAAAGAAGAGAAGAGAGGCGAAGACGAGGGCAGGUUGCCGUUGAUGUUUCAUCAGGAAAACGGACGCACGGUGGAGAAAAAAGGAAAGAGUGUGGAGGCGAUUCUGUUCAACUGGAGUCGAGUGGUUCGUCUUCAGCCUCCAGGCGUUCUCGUUCUCCGCUGGUGUCUCAACUUUCAAUGGUCGUCGUGGGGACCAGCAGCGAGGCUGGCGAGAGAAAGAGACAGAGGACGGAUUUCGGUUUUGAUUCCAUGUCUCAGACUUCCUCUCUCGUUUCCAGAGCUCUCUCGACGCGCUCCGACUCGUUCUGCUCCACGGUGCCUCUUUCAGGUCCCUGGUCACCUUGGUCUUCACCGUCUCCUGCGUGUCUUUCGCCUGAUCUCUCUCCUUCGCCCCUGGGUUCCGUUGCUUCAGUUCAAGACAUCACGAGUUCUUCGUCGCGCAUCGCCUCGUUCGCCGAAGAUGAACAGGCGACAGACGUUUCUGAAGACAGGGAACAGAAUCGCGUGGAGAAACAGUCUGUGUUCGUCUACGAAGUGGAAGACAGGGAGGCGCGUGAGUCGAAUCCCGAGUCUGCCUGCAGAGAGGAAGGGCAGAAGAGACUGCUCAGCGUUCCGGCUUCGCGGCAAGUCAGGUGUAGAGACAACGCAGGUUCGGUUAGAAUGCACAGAGAUCGCAGCGUCGCAAACGUCGCGUUUUCUCCGCAAGUUCUGUUUGACGCUUUGCGUUCUGCACAUCGAGGCACGAUCGACAUGGAAGUGCUGAGGAAAUUCAGAAACGAAGCUGCCUCUGUGUCUCCGGUUUUGAGACAAAUGAAGGAAACGAACGCCCGAUUAGCUCGUGCAGUCCAGCUAAUCAAAGAGAGACGACAGAAAGCAGCGAAAGCCAGAGAGGAAUGAACGCAGAGAGAAGCAGAUUUAGAAACGCACCCAGCGCGGGAGCUCGGCACAGAGUGCAGCAACGCUUCAGGCGUUCUGUAGAAACUGCGCAUCUUCGUAAAAUCGCACAAACGUCUCUCUGUAUGAAUGUGCACAGAAGUAUUCGCGCAUGUUCGUCUGCUCCAUACCGGCAGCGAACAAAAACGGUGUGGCGGCGACACUUCUACGCCGAGAGAGGCGUAGGGUUUAGACGCGGAAAUGUUUCUCUGUGCCUACUUCCAUCUACGACGUCUUUGCUGUAAAGUGCGUUUUCCGUGUGUUUCUGAAAGCGUUGCUUUUCUAGCAAUGCAUCUGGUUCACGCGUUUCAUCCGUAGACGUGUCAACUGUCAGCUGCCGUAAGGAAAAGUUUUUUAUCAAGAGGGAACGGGACGGUGUCGCGAUGACGCGAGCCGCCGAAAGGCAGCACAGGUGGGGCGUUUGCCCGACCUUAUUUUGCCGCAACAAUCAGUUUUAGUUGACUUGUGUUUAAGUGCUUUCCUUCGAAAUUGGGGUUUGUCGCUGUCACUACCGCACUACCGCACUGAGUUGCGGGAAUGGCGCUGUGGCAGAAAGUGGAAAUUCGCUUGAGCAUCUUCAGCAAAGACCUUCGCUGAGACGAGGAAUAGGGAUGUUUCUGGAGCACUCAUAUUCCAGCCUUGGCCGCGAGGACAUUUAAAAGUCCCCGCCGUCGUCUUUCCUUUCAGAAAAACUCAACAGCAUUUGCAUUUCUCAACGGCUUUCGUGUUUAGAGGGGCUCAAGCGUGUGUCCUUUCCGCGUUCACGAGCGAAAGAAUCACAGAAGGACGUGUAUGAUGUAACAGGAAGACCAUCCUUUGUAGUGCACUUCAUCUAGCCUGUUUUUGUAGAUUGCAUGAUCGUAGCUUGACGUGCCUUCUCGUUACAUGCAAAAGCUUCUACCGACCCUGCAGGGAUAGAUACCGCACUUGAAGUCGAGUGCGCCAUCCAAGUUCACGUUUUGUCUCUUCUGCCUUUUACCUUAUGCCUUGGACGGCAACUCAGUUCAAAACAGCUUAAAGCC